CACGUACAGGUAACGCCACCAUUAGACAUAGAAAACAUAUCUGAGACUUUAAAACAGAAGAAUGUGAAAGCUUCAGAAUUAAAGUUUGGAUUCCUAGGAUUGGGAAUAAUGGGUCAAGGAAUAGUGAAAAAUCUACUGAACUCUGGGCAUGUAGUGACCAUAUGGAAUAGAACACCCAGAAAGUGCCGAGACUUUGUGGAAGCAGGUGCUAUUCAAGGUCAAACUCCCAGUGAUGUUGUGGCAGCGGCUGAUGUCACGUUCAGUUGUGUGUCUGAUCCCCAGACAGCUAAAGAGUUGGUGUUUGGAAACUGUGGAGUAUUGAAGGAAAUGAAAAGAAACAAAGGCUACGUGGAGAUGACAUCUAUAGACCCUCAAACUUCUCAAGAUGUAGCAGAGGCUAUUCAAGCACAGGGUGGGAGAUACUUAGAGGCCCCAGUUCUUGGUUCCAAGCAACCGGCCGAAGAUGGCAUGUUGAUUAUAUUAGCAGCCGGAGAAAAAUCACUGUUUGACGAUUGUACCAGCUGUUUUAAAGCUAUGGGCAAACAUGCCUUCUACUUGGGUUAG